AGGACGCCAUUUUAUUUGUGGCCGUUGCGAAGUUGGCGUCAGCGUCGAAACUUCGGUUUUAAAAGUUCGUAAAUUCCUUGUUUUUUCUUUCUCGGCAAUAAAUCGCCCAAAAUCCGGUGCGAUUUGCCCGAGUAAAGUUUGUGGACAACAGCAAACAUUCCGAGCGACAGGAAGAUGAGUUUCGGGAGGCCCCCGCCACGCAUCGAAGGCAUGGUGUCUUUGAAGGUAGAUAAUCUCACUUAUCGCACCACCCCAGACGAUUUGAGGAGGGUUUUUGAGCGUUGCGGCGAAGUUGGGGAUAUUUACAUCCCCAGGGACCGAUUUACCAGGGAAAGCAGAGGUUUUGCCUUCGUCAGGUUCUAUGACAAGCGUGAUGCUGAAGACGCGCUAGACGCUAUGGAUGGAAGGAUGUUGGACGGCAGGGAAUUGAGAGUUCAAAUGGCUCGCUACGGAAGACCAACUUCUCCACAUAGGAGGUUCAGAGGUGGCCGAAGGAGGUCUAGAGGACGACGCGAUAGCAGAUCCAGAUCAAGAGGACGAAGAUCACCAAGCAGAAGCAGGUCCAGAUCAGGCAGCAAGAGCUCAAGGGCUGCUUCAAGGUCUCCUGUCAGAGGAGAUAGGGAUGCUUCUAGAUCCAGAUCUAGAUCUUAAGAUUUUGAAAGGUUGGGGAGGCAGUCUAGCAGAAAUUGAUUGCAGCUACUGCUUUUCCAAAGGUAUUUUUACUAGAUGUAAGAUUUCAUUUAACUUGGAUUUAAUUUUGUCCUUAAUUUGAUUUUAUGUUUCUUUUGGACACUUGAAAGAGUUCAGUUUAUUGUUGACUGCUUCAUACCUCCCAUAGGCUCAUUUUCAUAAACAAUUUAAUACCUGACCUCUUAACACACUAUUUCAAUUUCUUUUUUCAAAAUUGGGGUAAAUCAAAUCUUCUCCAAAAGAAAUGUUUUUGUAACUAUGUUAAUAAUUUCAUGUAUGCUUUGUAACAGUUAUAUUCAGGAACUUUUAGGUGCGUUUAGCUGUAGUCUUAUGUAACUUUUAUGUUUCUUUACGAUUUCAAUAUAGUUUGUACUAUAUGUUCAUGUAUCAAGAGGGGCAUGUAAUGAUUCUGAUUAAUUUGGCAUUAAAAACAUGUUUUAUGAAA